UGCAUAUGGCGUAUGCAAUAUUUUCUCACUCCUAAACCUAAAGGCUAAAAGCCUAAAACCCUAUGACCCAAUUCUAGUUUUCUCUGCAAGGCCUAAACCCCUGCUCUCUCUCUCCCUCUCUCCCUUUCUCUCUCUCCCUAUCUCUCCCUCUCUCUCUCUCUCUGGUGUACAGAAGUUUUUUUUUGUGCAAUGGAGAUGGAGGGUCUCUGCUCUGAUGCUGUUGCUUUGGAGAGUGUUUUAUACACUAUGAUGGAAGCUGUGGCGGUCGAAACAGCUCUUGUUUCUAGCAAAUAUCUUGCUUGGGUUCUCUUCGCGAGUGGUUAUAUGCCCAGUGAAACUGCUGAUGCUCUCCCAAAUGUACGAGGAAUCAAUCCGAUGUGCUUUCCUUUUCCACAACUUAACAAAGUGACACGGACUGUCGAUGAAAACAUGGAUGCUAGUGAAACAGAUGAAGAAGAUAAUGACGACGAUGGUGAUAGUGAUGAUGACGAUGAUGAUAGUGAUGAUAGUGACGAUGAUAGCGAUGAUGGGUAUUAUGAUUCCUCGGAAGAAGGAAGUGAUGAUGAUGAAGAUCCUGAGGAUGGUCUUCAGGCUAAUGGUGGUGGAGGAAGUGAUGAUGACGAUGACGGAGAUGAUGAGGAUGAAGAGGACGAUGAUGAAGAUGAAGAGGAAGAGGAAGAUGAGGAAGAGCAAGCCCAACCACCUUUCAAGAAGAUGAAAUGAGAAAUAUUAUUCUUAUUUUUUUAAGACCCCCUUUUGCUUAUUGUUUUCAACUAGUCUUGGAGAGUUUGGAAAUGGCGAUUUUUUGAAAAAUUUAGUUAUUCAGGUAUCAUCAGGAGGAGAGUCUUUGAGUCUGUUCCCAAGGAGUGGAAAAAUUAUCCAUUUCCAUUUUGUGAAGGAUCUUUUUGUCUUCAUGUAGCAACAUAUUUGUUAAAUCAUAUAGUGUCAAUUUACAAUUCAAAA